AUAUUAUUUUUCGUAAGGUUAUUUGUAAUUCAAGACUAAAUUAAUUGUGGUGUACUUUUUUUUAUAAUUUAAUGUUUAAUGCAUAUUGAACUUUAAUUUAAAAAAUGGUCUAAAAUAUUUGGGUUAAAUUAUAAAUUUAAUAAAAUCAUGUUUAAUUUGAUCUUUCAGCAUUUACUUUUUGUCAAAAUUCAAUAUUGUGAAUGACAGAUUUUUAAAUUUUUGAAAAAUUAUUAAAUGUAAACUCAUUUAACACAAUAUUGUCUAUUCAAAUGCCAUGGAUCAAAUUUUUGGUUUAAUCAAAUUAAAUGUUUAUCACAAUUUUAAAUUUUCUCCACUCAAAAAAUAAAAUAGCUAUGGGUUUUUAAAAUGGGAGUUGAAGUAGUUGAAAUAUAGUUGGCUUCCCUCAUCUCUCUCUUUCUUUAUUAACUCCCAAGUUUCAAACUUCCCAAUUUCUUCUUUCACAACUCACCAACAAAUGGAGGAGGAAAACCACCAACUACAACACCCACCUCCGUUACUGUUCCCGUCGUUGCCAUGUUCAGAUCCUCUUGCAACCUCUCUAGAAAUCGAUUGGAUCGCAGUUCUCUCUGGCCAAGAAGCCACAAGAGACUUACCUCCAACAUCAUCGACUUGUGAGUCAUUGGAAAGGAGAAGGGACGAAGAGAAAAGCAAUCAAAGGAAGAAAGGUGGUCGACAACGGAGGAAGGCCGUCGGGCGUCGAAGGUUUGAGUUUCAAACGAGGAGUACUGAAGAUAUUCUUGAUGACGGAUAUCGGUGGCGCAAGUACGGACAAAAAGCUGUCAAACACAGCCUCCAUCCUAGGAGCUAUUACAAGUGCACAUAUGUAACAUGCAAUGUGAAGAAACAAGUACAAAGGCUAUCAAAGGACAGAAGCAUUGUUGUGACAACUUAUGAGGGAAUUCACAACCAUCCUUCUCAUAUCCUCAUGCAAACCCUAACUCCUCUUCUCAAACAAAUCCACACUUCCUUUCCACUUUCUAAGUUAUUUAUGAAUUAUUAAUAACACACACAUAUUAUUUAUA